CUGCUAACAUCGAACGGUGAAGAAUAAUCAAAAGAAGUGGUAAUUGAUAUGUUGAGCAGAUGUAUGCAUUGCAUAUUGUCUAAUAAUUCAGAAACCAGCUGUAAAAGCACACAAAAAGAGGGAGAGACAGCAAAGUGGAAUACUCCAAAUACGGCAACUUCUGAUCUUCACCGUUCCUGAAUCCUUCCCGAUCAACUGCCGUACGAAGAACCGAAUGAACUCUCGGCGACCCUUCUUCUCCAAAAUGCAAUUAAUAAAAGCCGGUUCUCCUCGCUGCUCCUCCGACAUCUCUCUAAACUCCUACUUGCUACUCCACAGCAAACACAAUCACUCUCACUCCUCGACCACUACCAACCUCUAUCAACCGCAGCCAUUGGAUGGUCGACACAUCUUCCUCUUCCUCCAGCGAACCAAAUGACCCGUCCGAUUCUUCGUCCGGUAUACGUGGUUCCACCCACGCCCUCCAAUCACUCGAAGAAUGCGACUCCGCUGAUGACCCUCCCCCGCUAGUCGCCCCCAAGCACCACCACCACCACCAUCACGGCCAUGCACUGAGCGCGCCUCCCCACACCGUCGCGCCCGCUGCACUCGCCGCCCAGCUUGACUCUAGUUUUGAGCUCGGUCUGACCGAAGAUGCUGCGUCUGCCCGUCUUGCUUCCAACGGCAGGAACGUGCUCGAAAGCGCCGCCGGCGUCUCGAUCUGGCAGAUCUUCUUCCGUCAGGUGUCCAACUCGCUCACCCUCGUCCUGCUCAUCGCAAUGGCCCUCUCGUACGGCACAAGUGACUGGAUCGAGGGUGGCGUUAUCACCGCCGUCAUCUGUCUCAACAUCGGCAUUGGCUUCGUCCAGGACGUCAAAGCUGAAAAGACAAUGCAGUCGUUGCUUUCGCUCUCGGCGCCUGUGGCUACUGUCAUCCGAUCCGGCCAGUUGGUCAAGAUAUCCUCUCAGGACAUUGUCGUAGGCGAUAUCGUCAGUAUCAAGGUCGGUGACAUUGUUCCCGCUGAUCUAAGAAUCUUUGAUGGCAUGAACCUUGAAUGCGACGAGGCCCUGCUGACAGGCGAAUCCCUCGCUGUCGCAAAAACGCCUUCUAUCACCUUUGACGACGCAAGCAUCCCGAUCGGCGACCGCACAAAUAUCUGCUACUCCUCCUCGACCGUCACUAAAGGUCGUGGCACGGGUAUCGUCGUCGCGACCGGAAUGCACACCGAGGUAGGCAAGAUCGCGCAGAUGCUAAAGUCAUCUACGCCCGUACCUUCGUCGACCUCCAAUGACGACUCGUCUUCUAUAUCGUCCACGAGCUCGUCGUCUUCCUCAGGCAAGGCUGGCAGGACUGCCUCGAGAGUACUCGGCAAAGUGUCCGACAGCCUGAAGAAGACCCUUGGAUUGGUUGGCACGCCUUUGCAGGUCAAACUGUCCAAGUUUGCAAUCUUUCUUUUUUCGCUUGCUAUUCUCUUGGCAAUCAUUGUUUUCAGUGCUAGCAAGUGGCAAAUCGACAACGACGUGCUAAUCUACGGCAUCUGUGUCGCUGUCGCCGUCAUCCCAGAGUCUCUGAUCGCUGUACUUACAAUCACCCUCUCGGUGGCAACAAAGGCCAUGGCCUCUGGCCACGUUCUCGUUCGUAAGAUGCAAGCCCUCGAGGCUCUGGGCGGUGUAACCGACAUCUGCUCCGACAAAACCGGAACCUUGACGCAGGGUAAGAUGAUCACCCGCCGCGUCUGGAUUCCCAGACUUGCCGAAAACGACGAUAGUCAAACGACAAUCUCAGUCACCGACACAACUUCGCCUUUCUCACCUGUCUCUGGCUAUCUCAAGAUCUCAGAUCGCGCCAUUGAUCCCGUUGAGCUUCUGAGCAAAUCUGCAACUGACUCUGCGCUCUGCAUUUUCCUGCGCGCGCUCGGUCUCUGCAACCUUGCCACCAUCGAGCAAAAGGCCGCUGCUGACGAAAAGUCAGCGGGAGAAUGGGACGGUCAUGGCGAGCCCACUGAGAUUUCUCUGCAAGUGUUUGCCUCGCGAUUUGAUUAUGGCCGCGAUACGCUGCAGAAGCAGGGAUGGAAGCUUCUUGCCGAGCAUCCUUUUGACUCUUCCAUCAAGCGUAUGAGUGUCGUUUACGAAUCUCCUACCCACGACAUCUUUGUCUUUACCAAAGGUGCCGUCGAAGCUGUCUCGUCGUCUCUGGUUCCGGACUCGUAUGACCACGAUAUGCUGCAGGCGCACAUGAGCUCGAUGACGCUCGAUGGUCUCCGCGUGCUGUGCAUCGCAUACCGCGUUCUUCCCAAAGACUGCAAGAUCGCGCUAGACGAUCGCCAGCAGAUUGAGCAAGAGCUCUCCUUUGUUGGCCUCGCGGGUCUUUACGAUCCUCCUCGUGUCGAGACACGCGGGGCGGUCUUGAAGGCUCAGGCAGCAGGGAUCAAAGUCCACAUGUUGACAGGCGACCACCCCGGCACUGCGCGCGCCAUCGCGCACGAGGUCGGAAUUCUUUCUGGAACCAUGCCGGUCUCGCAGUAUCCCAACGCGGUAAUGAUUGCCGCGGACUUUGACAAGCUAUCUGAUACCGAGAUCGACGCGAUGCCGGAGUUGCCGCUCGUGGUUGCGCGUUGUGCGCCCGCGACUAAAGUGAAGAUGGUAGACGCGCUGCAUCGCCGUCGUGCGUUUUGCGUGAUGACUGGAGACGGCGUGAACGAUUCUCCUGCUUUGAAGCGCGCUGAUGUCGGCAUUGCUAUGGGUCUUAACGGAUCCGAUGUCGCUAAGGACGCUAGUGAUAUGAUUUUGACCGACGACGAUUUCGCGAGUAUCGUGCGCGCGAUUGAGGAAGGUCGUCGGUUGUUUGAUAAUAUCCAAAAGUUCCUCGUGCAUCUUUUGAUCUCCAACAUUUCCCAGGUAAUUUUGUUGCUCUGCGGACUUGCUUUCAAAGAUCGAGAAGGGGUUUCAGUGUUUCCACUCUCUCCUUUGGAGAUCCUGUGGGCAAAUAUGGUUACUUCGUCGUUCUUGGCCAUGGGCCUCGGAAUGGAAGAAGCGCAACCGGAUAUAAUGCUUCGACCUCCGCACGACCUCCAUGUCGGUGUAUUCACCUGGGAAGUCAUCACCGACCAAUUCGUGUACGGCAUAACCGCAGGCGUCCUCUGCCUCGCCUCAUUUGUGAUUGUGAUUUACGCCGGCAACGACGGAGCGUUAGGAUACGACUGCAACCACAGCUACAACUCAACCUGCGACGCAGUCUUCCGCGCGCGCGCUGUCUCGUUUGCUGAUCUCUCGUUCUUGCUGCUCAUCACCGCGUGGGAAGUCAAGCAUUUUUCGCGCUCGAUCUUCAAGCUUGACCCAUCGCGUCACAGCGGACCGUUCUCGGUCUUCCCGUCGCUUUACUAUAACCGAUUUCUCUUUUGGGCAGUUAUCGGCGGGUUUGCGUGCACGUUUCCGGUCAUUUAUAUCCCGACUGUGAACGAUGAGGUGUUUAAGCAUCUCGGGAUCAGCUGGGAAUGGGGCGUCGUCGCCGGCGCAUGCUUCAUCUACCUUGCUGUCGUCGAGGUAUGGAAAGCAAUCAAACGCCGCUUUGGUCUCUGGUCUGGUAAACAAGCGCGUUUCGUCCGCCCUUCCUCUGCUGCCUCGCCUGACGAUCUCGAAGGAGGACACGCGGUGCCUCGAGACUCGACUUCGUCCACGUGUUCGUCGGCGACUGAGGUCUCGGCUGGGUCCUCGACUGGCGGGUUUGCGGACAUGAUCGCGGCAGGCGAGGGCGAGAAGAAGGCUGAUAGUACUGUCAUUCGCACGCGUACUAUGAAGGCCAAGGUUUAGCUGUGUUGAGUUCGACUCGAAUAUGAAUGAACUACUUUUCAUUGUCUUUUAUCUUCGCUUCGUAUGCACUUGAGACGUAGUGCUGGGGGAUUUUUGUUGUUGGUACACAUAUGAGAUUAUUGAAUACACUAUUUUAGCAAAU